UCUUUGAGCGACUUCGUAGACUACUUUCGACGCCGUUACCCAUAUCGCGUAUGAUGCUUUCCAAGUUUUCGCAUUGCCCGUCAGAUAGCUCACACUUCUGUAUCGCUGACAUUGUUUUGGACAUUUCCCCCACAGUCAUAGCGGAAAUGUAAAGAUGGCGACGGAUGGAAUGUUUGCGGAAAACAGUGCUGAAUUUAAAUUAACUGCAGAAGAAGAUCGCGAACUACAAAAGAAACUACGUGACUUCGGUAAAGAAUAUAUAUCCCGAUCUGGUCGACUUGUGCCAGCUAAAAUCCAGCCAGAUGUGCUUUGCAGCUGUCCUCAGCGCUGCAAUGAAAAAAUAUCGACUGAAGACAGAAUGAAACUGUUUUCGGAGUUUUACAAACUUGGAGACCAAAUUAGACAGAACGAAUUUCUACGAGCUCACAUUAAUGCACGGGCUGUACAAAAGCGAUCACCUGACAAUAAACCAUUGAAGAGAGCAAAACGCAGAGUAAGCUGCAAAUAUCGGGUUCCUUUACUUUCGAAGACCGAUAUGCAUAUUGGGCCUGGAACAAGUCCAACUGGUGCGAGAUUAAUAGAAGUCUGCCAAAAAGCGUUUAUGAAUAUUUUUGUCAUCACUGAGAAACGAGUUAGAUUACAGCGUGAGAAGCUGAUUGUGGAAGUUAUGGGCACAAAAGGAAUUCCCCAUGUGCAACACAAAAGGCAUCCCCAUGAUGUCUUUACUACAAAUAAGCUGCCUUUGCAGUCUGCUGACGAACCUGUAGACAUGACUAUCCCACGUAACACGACAGAAGUUGAUGUGACAAUACUCAAGGAGAGAGAGCAUGAUAUUGCCCUAGUGGAUAAUUUUUUUAUGAAUCAGCUGUGGAAGCCAGAGUAUAUUAACACAGCGAUUUAAAUAUUCUGUGCCUGAAGCAGACACCAACAUUUUUUUUUUUCACUUUUCAAAGAACAACUUAUAUUUUUGGAAAUAUUUUGAUAUUCUACAAGAGGAAAACAAUGAGUUUGAUAUUUUAAUAUCUGUCAAUAUUUUCCUCAAAAGCUCACAAUUUAUAAGGAAUGUACAAAUACUUAUGGUCUCAGGUUGUUGUGCAAUAUUAGGUAUGUAAAACUAUAGUAUGAGUAGAUUUUUAAUGCUAUAUGUUUCUCACCAUAUAAAGAAAUGUGUUGAUAAAGAUUUUAUUACAUGUCCCUGAUUGCAUGCAUCCUCAUUGGUUUUGUUACAUGACAGGAAUGCACUGCUCUCUAUUAAAUUUACAUUGAUGCUGCAGUCUUUAAAAAUGAAAACCUACAAGCUAUUAAACAGCAGCAGAUGCAUGGCAUUAACAGUGCUCAAUUAUGUAGGACAAUCAUGUUUCUCAUAAAAUAGUUAGGUGUAACAAGUUUUGUAGCAUCAGAUUAAAAUAAAAAGGCUUGCCAAUGUUUUAUACAUCAAGAACUGAAACCAUCUCAAACUGUCUCAAUUAUUUGCAGCAGUGAUAUAUCUGCCAAAUUUUAUUUAUUUAUUUAUUUUUGUAUGUAAGGUUUUUAAACAUCCAGUAUUUUAUGAACUAAGAGAUAAGACUUAAUUUCUGUUUAUUAUGACUUGUAGAAAUUGCAGUUUGUUGCUUUUAAAGUGUGGUUAUAAACUGCCUGAUAUGCACAGACAGAAGUCAGUCGAGUUAUGUCAAUAAUUUGUAUUUUGUCACCUGCAGCCAUUUACUUGGGGAAUCUAAGUAAAUUCUAAAGUAAUGACAAUUUCUCAUUCAGUAGUAGUCCAUAUACAAAUCAAAAAUUCACAGAAAGUCUUAAUAAAAAUGUAUACAGUCACAAUUUUUUCGUUAUGUAUUAUUAUUAAACUACAUUAUGCAUUUCUGACUCUGUGGGUCCAUCUUCAGGUGCAAACUGUCUAACACAUAAUCUACAUUUGGUCUUGAGUGAGGUGAAAUGCAUUUUCCUGUUAUGAAAAAGUUAGACAAUAGGCUUGUAUUUCGUGGACCGAGUGUGGAAACAAUGGGGGAAAAAACCGGUCAAAAUCGUUAUUAAAAAAAAA